UUCUGUGCUGAUCCCAAUGAAACAUGGGUCCUUGAACUCAUGCGGAGGGUGAACAGACUGCCAGAUUCGUGGUCUGUGUGGCCUUGGGUGCCUAAAAUGGCUCAAACAUCUGAAAUGCCUCAGACUCCUAAAAUGCCACAAACAACUGAAAUGUCUCAAAAGUCUGAAAUGCCUCAGUUAUUUGAAAUGCCUCAUAAUCCUGAAAUGCCACGAACAACUGAAAUGCCUCAAGCAUCUGAUAUGCCUCAUACUCCUGAAAUGCCUCAAACCCACAAAAUGCCUCAAACCUCUGAAAUCCCUCAUACUCCUGAAAUUCCUCAAACGUCUGAAAUGCCUCAUACUCCUAAAAUGCCUGAAAUGUCUGAUAUGCCUCAUACUCCUGAAAUGCCACAAACAACUGAAAUGCCUCAAACGUCUGAAAUGUCUCAGGCAUCUGAAAUGCCUCAAACAUCUGAAAUGCCUCAUACUCCUGAAAUUCCUCAGUCAUCUGAAAUGCCUCAUACUCCUGAACUGCAACAAACAUCUAAAUUGCCUCAAACAUCUGAAAUGACUUAUACUCCUGAAAUGCCUCAUACUCCUGAAAUGCCUCAAACAUCUGAAAUGCCUCAUACUCCUGAAAUGCCUCAAACUUCUUCUGAAAUGCCUCAUACUCCUGAAAUUCCACAAACAACUGAAAUUCCUCAAACGUCUGAAAUGCCUCAUGCUCCUGAAAUGCCUCAAACGCCUGAAAUGCAUCAUACUCCUGAAAUGCCUCAAACGUCUGAAAUGCCUCAUACUCCUGAAAUGCCACAAACAAAUGAAAUGCCUCAAACAUCUGAAAUGCCUCAUACUCCUGAAAUGCAACAAACCACUGAAAUGCCUCAUAAUUUUGAAAUUACUCCAACAUCUAAAAUGCCUCAAACAUCUGAAAUGCCACAUUCUUCUGAAAUUCCUCAAAUGUCUGAAAUUCCUCAUACUCCUGAAAUGCCUCAAACAUCUGAAAUGCCUCAUACUCCUGAAAUGCCCCAAACAACUGAAAUGCCUCGAAUAUCUGAAAUGCCUCAAACAUCUGACAUGCCACAGUCAUCUGAAAUGCCUCAUUCUCCUGAAUUGUCACAGACAACUGAAAUGUCUCAAACAUCUGAAAUGCCACAGAAAACUGAAAUGCCUCAAACGUCUGAAAUGCCUCAUACUCCUGAAAUGUCUCAUAUUCCUGAAAUGCCUCAAACACCUGAAAUGCCUCAUACUCCUGAAAUAACUCAAACAAUUGAAAUGCCUCAUACUCCUGAAAUGCUACAAACAACUGAAAUGCCUCAUACUCCUGAAAUGCCUCAAAUGUCUGAAAUGCCUCAUACUCCUGAAAUGCCUCAAACUUCUUCUAAAAUGCCUCAUACUCCUGAAAUUCCACAAACAACUAAAAUUCCUCAAACGUCUGAAAUGCCUCAUGCUCCUGAAAUGCCACAAACACAUGAAUGGCCUCAAACAUCUGAAAUGCCUCAUACUCAUGAAAUGCCACAAACCACUGAAAUUCAUCAUACAUCUAAAAUGCUUCAAACAUCUGAAAUGCCUCAUAGUUCUGAAAUGCCUCAAACUUCUUCUGAAAUGCCUCAUACUCCUGAAAUUCCACAAACAACUGAAAUUCCUCAAACAACUGAAAUGCCUCAUGCUCCUGAAAUGCCUCAAACUUCUUCUGAAAUGCCUCAUAUUCCUGAAAUUCCUCAUACAUCUAAAAUGCCUCAAACAUCUGAAAUGCCUCAUAGCUCUGAAAUGCCUCAAACAUCUUCUGAUAUGCCUCAUAGUCCUGAAAUUCCACAAACAACUGAAAUUCCUCAAACAUCUGAAAUGCCUCAUGCUCCUGAAAUGCCUGAAAUGCAUCAUACUCCUGAAAUGCCUCAAACAUCUGAAAUGCCUCAUACUCCUGAAAUGCCUAAAACUUCUUCUGAAAUGCCUCAUACUCCUGAAAUUCCACAAACAACUGAAAUUCCUCAAACGUCUGAAAUUUCUCAUGCUCCUGAAAUGCCUCAAACACCAGAAAUGCAUCAUGCUCCUGAAAUGCCUCAAACAUCUGAAAUGCCUCAUACUCCUGAAAUGCUGCAAACAAAUGAAAUGCCUCAAACAUCUGAAAUGCCUCAUACUCCUGAAAUGCCACACAACACUGAAAUUCCUCAUACACCUAAAAUUGCUCAAACAUCUGAAAUGCCACAUACUUCUGAAAAUCCUCAAAUGUCUGAAAUUCCUCGUACUCCUGAAAUACCUCAAACAUUUGAAAUGCCUCAUAAUCCUGAAAUGCCCCAAACAACUGAAAUGCCUCAAAUAUCUGAAAUACCUCAAACAUCUGACAUGCCUCAGUCAUCUGAAAUGCCUCAUUCUCCUGAAUUGUCACAGACAACUGAAAUGCCUCAAACAUCUGAAAUGCCUCAUACUCCUGAAUGGCCACAGAAAACUGAAAUGCCUCAAACGUCUGAAUUGCCACAGAAAACUGAAAUGCCUCAAACAUCUGAAAUGUCUCAUAUUCCUGAAAUGCCUCAAACAUCUGAAAUGCCUCAUACUCCUGAAAUAACUCAAACAUCUGAAAUGCCUCAUACUCCUGAAUUGCCACAGACAACUGAAAUGCCUCAAACGUCUGACAUGCCUCAGUCAUCUGAAAUGCCUCAUUCUCCUGAAUUGUCACAGACAACUGAAAUGCCUCAAAUAUCUGAAAUGACUCAUACUCCUGAAAUGCCUCAAAUGUCUGAAAUGCCUCAUACUCCUGAAAUGCCUCAAACUUCUUCUGAAAUGCCUCAUACUCCUGAAAUCCCACAAACAACUAAAAUUCCUCAAACGUCUGAAAUGCCUCAUGUUCCUGAAAUGCCUCAAACACCUGAAAUGCAUCAUACUCCUGACAUGUCUCAUGCUCCUGAAAUGCCACAAACCACUGAAAUUCCACAUACAUCUAAAAUGCUUCAAACUUCUGAAAUGCCUCAAACUUCUUCUGAAAUGCCUCAUACUCCUGAAAUUCCACAAACAACUGAAAUUCCUCAAACAUCUGAAAUGCCUCAUGCUCCUGAAAUGCCUCAAACGCCUGAAAUGCAUCAUAGUCCUGAAAUGCCUCAUACUCCUGAAAUGCCUCAUACUCCUGAAAUAACUCAAACAUCUGAAAUGCCUCAUACUCCUGAAUUGCCACAGACAACUGAAAUGCCUCAAACGUCUGACAUGCCUCAGUCAUCUGAAAUGCCUCAUUCUCCUGAAUUGACACAGACAACUGAAAUGCCUCAAACGUCUGACAUGCCUCAGUCAUCUGAAAUGCCUCAUUCUCCUGAACUGUCACAGACAACUGAAAUGCCUCAAACAUCUGAAAUGCCUCAUACUCCUGAAAAGCCACAAACAACUGAAAUUCCUCAAACAUCUGAAAUGCCUCAUGCUCCUGAAAUGCCUCAAACACCUGAAAUGCAUCAUAGACCUGAAAUGCCUCAAACUUCUUCUGAAAUGCCUCAUACUCCUGAAAUUCCACAAACAACUGAAAUCCCUCAAACGUCUGAAAUGCCUCAUGCUCCUGAAAUGCCUCAUUCUCCUGAAAUUCCACAAACAACUGAAAUUCCUCAAACAUCUGAAAUGCCUCAUGCUCCUGAAAUGCCUCAAACGCCUGAAAUGCAUCAUACUCCUGAAAUGCCUCAAACAUCUGAAAUGCCUCAUACUCCUGAAAUGCCACAAACAAAUGAAAUGCCUCAUACUCCUGAAAUGCCACAAACCACUGAAAUUCCUCAUACACCUAAAAUGCCUCAAACAUCUGAAAUGCCUCAUGCUCCUGAAAUGCCUCAAACGCCUGAAAAGCAUCAUACUCCUGAAAUGCCUCAAACAUCUGAAAUGCCUCAUACUCCUGAAAAGCCACAAACAAAUGAAAUGCCUCAAACAUCUGAAGUUCCUCAUGCUCCUGAAAUGCCUCAAACGCCUGAAAUGCAUUAUACUCCUGAAAUGCCUCAAACAUCUGAAAUGCCUCAUACUCCUGAAAUGCCUCAAACUUCUUCUGAAAUGCCUCAUACUCCUGAAAUUACACAAACAACUGAAAUUCCUCAAACGUCUGAAAUGCCUCAUGCUCCUGAAAUGCCUCAAACGCCUGAAAUGCAUCAUACUCCUGAAAUGCCUCAAACAUCUGAAAUGCCUCAUACUCCUGAAUUGCCUCAUACUCCUGAAAUUCCACAAACAACUGAAAUUCCUCAAACGUCUGAAAUGCCUCAUGCUCCUGAAAUGUCUCAAACGCCUGAAAUGCAUCAUACUCCUCAAAUGCCUCAAACGUCUGAAAUGCCUCAAACAUCUGAAAUGCCUCAUGCUCCUGAAAUGCCUCAAACGCCUGAAAUGCAUCAUACUCCUGAAAUGCCUCAAACAUCUGAAAUGCCUCAUACUCCUGAAUUGCCUCAUACUCCUGAAAUUCCACAAACAACUGAAAUUCCUCAAACGUCUGAAAUGCCUCAUGCUCCUGAAAUGUCUCAAAUGCCUGAAAUGCAUCAUACUCCUCAAAUGCCUCAAACAUCUGAAAUGCCUCAUACUCCUGAAAUGCCACAAACAUCUGAAAUUCCUCAUACUCCUGAAAUGCCUCAUACUCCUGAAAUGCCACAAACCACUGAAAUUCCUCAUACACCUAACAUGCCUCAAACAUCUGAAGUGCCUCAUUCUCCUGAAAUGCCUCAAACGCCUGAAAUGCAUUAUACUCCUGAAAUGCCUCAAACAUCUGAAAUGCCUCAUACUCCUGAAAUGCCUCAAACUUCUUCUGAAAUGCCUCAUACUCCUGAAAUUACACACACAACUGAAAUUCCUCAAACGUCUGAAAUGCCUCAAACAUCUGAAAUGCCUCAUGCUCCUGAAAUGCCUCAAACGCCUGAAAUGCCUGAAAUGCCUUAUACUCCUGAAAUGCCACAAACAACCGAAAUGUCUCAUACUCCUGAAUUGCCACAAACUUCUGAAAUGCCUCAAACACCUAAAUUGCCUCAAACAUCUGAAAUGCCUCAAAUGCCUGAAAAGCCUCAAACGUCUGAAAUACCUCAUACUCCUGAAAUGCCUCAAACACCUGAAAUGCCUCAUACUCCUGAAAUGCAUCAUACUCCUGAAAUCCCUGAAUCUUCUGAAAUGCCUCAAACAUCUGAAAUGCCUCAUACUCCUGAAUUGCCUCAUACUCCUGAAAUUCCACAAACAACUGAAAUUCCUCAAACGUCUGAAAUGCCUCAUGCUCCUGAAAUGUCUCAAACGCCUGAAAUGCAUCAUACUCCUCAAAUGCCUCAAACAUCUGAAAUGCCUCAUACUCCUGAAAUGCCACAAACAUCUGAAAUUCCUCAUACUCCUGAAAUGCCAAAAACAAAUGAAAUGCCUCAUACUCCUAAAAUGCAUCAUACUCCUGAAAUGCCACAAACAACUGAAAUUCCUCAAACGUCUGAAAUGCCUCAAACAUCUGAAAUGUCUCAUACUCCUGAAAUGCCACAAACAACUGAAGUGCCUCAAAUAUCUGAAAUGCCUCAAACAUCUGAAAUACCUCAUACUCCUGAAAUGCCUCAUACUCCUGAAAUGCCUGAAAUGCCUUAUACUCCUGAAAUGCCACAAACAACCGAAAUGUCUCAUACUCCUGAAUUGCCACAAACUUCUGAAAUGCCUCAAACACCUAAAUUGCCUCAAACAUCUGAAAUGCCUCAAAUGCCUGAAAAGCCUCAAACGUCUGAAAUACCUCAUACUCCUGAAAUGCCUCAAACACCUGAAAUGCCUCAUACUCCUGAAAUGCAUCAUACUCCUGAAAUCCCUGAAUCUUCUGAAAUGCCUCAAACAUCUGAAAUGCCUCAUACCCCUGAAAUGUCUCAAACAUCUAAAAUGCCUCAAACACCUGAAAUGCCUCAAACAUCUGAAAUGCCUCAAAUUCCUGAAAAGCCUCAAACGUCUGAAAUACCUCAUACUCCUGAAAUACCUCAUACUCCUGAAAUGCCUCAAACACCUGAAAUGCCUCGUACUCCUGAAAUGCGUCAUACUCCUGAAAUCCCUCAAUCUUCUGAAAUGCCCCAAACAUCUCAAAUGCCUCAUACCCCUGAAAUGUCUCAAACGUCUAAAAUGCCUCAAACGCCUGAAAUGCCUCAUGCUCCUGAAAUGCCUCAUACUCCUGAAAUGCCACAAACAUCUAAAAUGCCUCAAACAUCUGAAACGCCUGAAAGGCCACAAACAAAUGAAAUACCUCAUACUCCUGAAAUGCCCCAAACUUCUGAAAUGCCUCAAACACCUAAAAUGCCUCAAACAUCUGAAAUACCCCGAACGUCUCAAAAGACUCAAACUCCUGAAAAAGCUUAUACUCCUGAAAUGCCUCGAACAUCUGAAAUUCCUCAAACAUCUGAAAAACCUCAAACCACUGGAAAGCCUCAAACAUCUGAAAUACCUUGGAGACCUGAAAUGCCGGAAACCUCUGAAAUUACUAAAAAGCCUGAAAUUCCACGACCACCAAAAAGGCUUCCAACGCCUGGAAAAGCACAAGAUAAUAACUGCUGCACGCACUAUGUCGAUAGACUUAGACUCUCUAUAAGGAACAGGGUGACUAGCUACAGCAUACAAAAGCAGAAUGGACUUUGCAGCAUCCCUGCUGUUGUCUUCAGAGUGGAUCGUGACCAAAAGUUUUGUGCAAAUCCCCAAGAAUAUUGGGUCCGCAUUCUCAUGGAGAAGGUGGAUGAAAGGCUCAGAGGGACAGUUAAAGAUAAGACCUGCUGUCUGGGGUAUGGCAAAAGAUUGAGACUGUCCGUUAGAAAAAGAGUGACCAGUUACAGAAAACAAACCUUGAACGGAGGCUGCAGAAUCCAAGCAAUUGUAUUCAAAUUGGACAAUGACCAAGAGUUUUGUGCUGACCCCUCUGAAAUAUGGGUAAUUGAACUCAUGAUGAAGGUGACCAGAUCGCGAGAUUCAAGGAGCUCUUCCAUGUCUCAUAUACCUCGAAUUCCCAAAUACCCUCGAAUUCCCGAAUAUCCUCGAAUUCCCGAAUAUCCUCGAAUUCCUGAAUAUCCUCGAAUGCCCGAAUAUCCUCGAAUUCCCGAAUAUCCUCGAAUGCCUGCAAUGCCUCGAAUGCCUGCAAUGCCUCGAAUGCCUGCAAUGCCUCGAAUGCCUGCUAUGCCUCAAAUGCCUCGAAUGCCUGCAAUGCCUCGGAUGCCUUUUUGAAUGCCUAAAAUACUUAGAAUGCCUGAAUUGCUGUGGAUGCUCCAAAAUGCCUUGAAUGCCUUCAAGCCUCGAAUUUCUUCCCAUGCCUUCCAUGUCUCCAAUGUAUCAAAUUCCUUGAAUGCAUAAAAUGCCUUCUAUGCUUUCAAUGCCUGAAUAGAUAUAAUGUUGCCACUUUAACUGUAACUGAAAGUAACUGAA